UUUUUAGAUAUCGGCUCCCAGGCAGCUAUGGAGGGAAAAUCCAAGGCUCAAGCCCCCGAGACAAACUCCGGAAGCAAACAAACCCAUGAUCUCCCACCGGGCCCUCCUCCUCCAGUAGUUCCCGAAGGUUGGGUUGCUCAAUAUGAUCCAACAUAUCAGCGAUUCUACUACGUGAACCUAGCCACUCAAAGAGCACAAUGGGAAACCCCACCUGGAACUGUUGAUCCUCCUACGGCAGGAGCAGGUCAGUGCAUAAUCCGUUUAUGGUGUGUUGAACCAGACUCUAACCAUCCCCAGAACCCAACGGAGGUAGCCCUGCUCACCAUCAAAAUGCCCACCCACCAAUCCUCUUGCCCCAAAUUUCGCCCCCUAAAGAAACAAGGGCCCCUCGCAUGGAUUCCUGCAAUCAGCAGAUGACGGAAAAAGGGCAACAGAAGAAAACAGGGUUUGCUAGCUGGAUAUCAUCACUUUUCCAGCAUGGAUCCCCUAGAUCAGAGCCGCACCAGCAGAGCCAACCCCCUGUGUGCUAUCCUCCUCCGAUAGCUCAACCAUCAGAAGUAUACGUGCCACAGCAAAGGUCCAGUGGCAGGGGAACCGCUGGUACCAUUGCGUUAGGCGCUGGAGGAGGCUUGUUAGCUGGGAUGGCCUUGGAGGGUGCUAUCUCUAGCUAUGCUAACGAUAGAUAUGACCAGGGGUUUGAGGAUGGCGCAGAUUAUGUCAGAGAGAACCUGUCUGGGGCUUUAGCACAGUUAGAGAGAGAGAGCGUCCCGGGAGAGGGGGUGGGCCCAUCCGACUUUGACGAGGGUGAUUAG